AUGGAACCAAGAAACCAUACAUGGCUUGUGGAAUUCCUUCUCCUGGGAUUCUCAGAGGACCCAACAUUGCAGCCGCUCAUCUUUGGGCUGUUCCUCUCCAUGUACCUGGUCACUGUAAAUGGGAACCUGUUCAUCAUUCUUGCCAUCCUCUCAGACCCACACCUCCACACACCCAUGUACUUCUUCCUUGCCAACCUAUCCUUGGUGGACAUCUCCUUCAGUACCACCACCGUCCCUAAGAUGCUGGUGAACAUCCAGACGCAGAGCCAAGCCAUUGGCUAUGCAGGUUGCAUCACACAGAUGUUCUUCUUCAUAAUCUUUGCAGUGCUGGAAAAUUUUCUUCUCGCCGUGAUGGCCUGUGACCGCUUUGUGGCCAUCUGCCACCCCCUGCACUACACAGUCAUCAUGAAUCCCCAGCUCUGUGUGCAGCUCGUUCUAUUGUGCUGGGCCCUUUGUGUAUUGCAUGCCUUAUUACACAGCUUAUUGGUGCUGAGGCUGAGCUUUGGCACACACGUGGAAAUCCCUCACUUUUUCUGUGAGUUGAAUCAGGUGGUCCACAGAGCCUGUUCUGAUACCUUUCUCAAUGACCUCAUGAUAGAUUUUGCAGCAGUCCUGCUGUUCUGUGGUCCCCUGACUGGGAUCCUAUACUCCUACUCCAAGAUCAUCUCUUCCAUCCGUGCCAUCUCAUCAGCUCAGGGCAAGUAUAAAGCCUUUUCCACCUGUGCCUCUCACCUUUCUGCUAUCUCUCUAUUUUAUGGCACAAGUGUAGGUGUGUACCUCAGUGCCAGCGCUGCCCCAAGUUCAGCCUCGACUGCAGCAGCCUCGGUGAUGUACACAGUGGUCACUCCCAUGCUGAACCCCUUCAUCUACAGUCUCAGAAAUAAUGAUAUCCAGAGGGCCAUGAAAAUACCUCUAAGGCAUAUCUUCCAAGGGCCCUGUGCAUGUCAUACCCACGCAUCAGAUCUAUAA